GAAGGCACCAGAGUGGAAGAAUGACGUGAAGAUGGUGGAGUGAGAGUAUGCGAGGAAAUUAAACUUAUCACGUCACUGAGGAGAAACUUGAGUUUGUUCUCACUUCAACUUUUUAUUUUUUUCUUCGCUGGUGAAUUUGGAUGGAGUGACUGAAUCUCAACGACGUGGAUAUUCUCAUUAGUUUGGAACUGCUGCGUAGGGACGGUGCAAAAUGGAUUUAAACAUUACCACACGAAGAGGCGUUUUAUUUCUUCUUUUCUCAGUUUUAAUUCUUCUUCAUGGCUCCAGAGGAGAAAUUCCGCCCAAACCAACCGGUGGUGUCACGAUUGUGCCCCCAGUUAAGCCGGAUGGGGGCCCACAGGCCUAUCCAAACGCAGAAACGGCAAAUUUACCAGUGUUUACAAUGGAUUAUCCAAGAAUACAGAUACCCUUUGAGAUCACUCUUUGGGUGCUGCUGGCUUCAUUCGCAAAGAUUGGUUUCAAUGUGUACCACAAGAUCACCAUCUGGGUGCCAGAGACGUGCCUCCUGAUCAGCAUCGGUCUGAUUGUGGGUGGCAUCAUGCACUCUGUCCACGAGGAGCCCCCCGCUGUGCUCUCCAGCAAUGUCUUCUUCCUCUACAUGCUUCCCCCGAUUGUCCUCGACUCUGGCUACUUCAUGCCAACCAGGCCUUUCUUUGAGAACAUCGGCACGGUAAUGUGGUUUGCAGUGGUGGGGACUCUGUGGAACAGCAUCGGUAUAGGCAUGUCUCUGUUUGCCAUAUGCCAGAUUGAGGCUUUCGGCGUGCAGGACAUCAACCUCCAGGAGAACCUGCUGUUUGCCACCAUCAUCUCGGCCGUGGACCCGGUGGCUGUGCUGAGUGUGUUCGAGGACGUGUCUGUGAACGAGCAGCUCUACAUCGUGGUGUUUGGGGAAUGUCUCUUCAAUGAUGCUGUCACUGUGGUGUUGUACAACAUGUUCAGCUUCGUGGCGAACAUGCCAGAGGUGGUGCCGGUGGAUGUUUUCCUGGGGGUGGCGAGGUUCUUCGUGGUCGGGCUCGGUGGGAUGGGCUUUGGCAUUCUGUUCGGCUUUGUGGCCGCCUUCACCACCAGAUUCACCUCCAAGGUCCGAGAAAUCGAGCCACUCUUCAUAUUCAUGUACAGCUACCUGGCCUAUCUGGUGGCCGAGCUCUUCGCUAUCUCGUCCAUCAUGGCCAUUGUUACCUGUGCCCUCACCAUGAAAUACUACGUGGAGGAAAAUGUUUCCCAGCGCUCCUGCACAACCAUCCGCCACGUGGUCAAGAUGCUUGGCUCCAUCUCUGAGACCCUCAUCUUCUUCUUCCUCGGGGUCGUCACGAUAACGACCGAGCACGAGUGGAACUGGGGCUACAUACUGUUCACGCUGCUGUUUGCCUUUAUAUGGAGAGGACUGGGUGUCUUAGUGCUGACUCAGAUCAUUAACCCUUUCCGCACCAUCCCUUUCAACUUGAAAGACCAGUUUGGUCUGGCCUACGGUGGUCUGCGAGGUGCGAUUUCAUUUGCCCUGGCCUUCACUCUGCCUGAUACCAUCGGCCGCAAGCAGCUCUUCAUCACAGCCACCAUUGCCAUCAUCCUCUUCACUGUGUUUCUUCAGGGCAUCAGUAUCCGCCCUCUGAUUGAGUUCAUCAAUGUCCGCAGAACCAACCGCAAUCUUGACACCAUCAAUGUAGAGAUCCACUGCAGGCUCAUGGAGCACACUGUAGCAGGCAUAGAGGACCUCUGUGGACAGUGGAGCCACUUCUACUGGAAGGACAAGUUCAUGAAAUUCAACAAUCGAAUCCUGCGCAGGAUCCUGAUCCGCGACAGCCGGGCCGAGUCCAGUAUUGUGGCGUUGUACAAGAAGCUAGAGCUGCAGAACGCCAUGGAGAUCCUGGACAAGGUGUCGGGAGACAUCAGUGCCGCUCCGUCCAUCGUCUCUCUCUAUGAGGAAAAGAAGAGCUCUGCUAGACCUAAGAGGAAGUUCAUGGCUGCAGACCUGAGGAACAUGCACGACAUCCUGUCCAAGAACAUGUACAAGAUCAGACAACGGACGGUGGCAUUCACAGGCAAGCACGCCCUGCCCAAUGACAGCCACACCAAAGAGAUACUGAUCAGACGCCACCCCAGCAUCCGCCGCAGCCUCCGACCUGGAAGCUUCCAGACAUCGGUGGAGCCCAGAUCUCAUAAGUACUUCUCUCUUCCUGCUGGGAAGAGUCUGGACUCAAACUUUUUCCCCCCUGAGAGGCUGAGCUAUGCAGAUGGUCAAGAAACCAUGUCAGAGGUGGCCUACCCCUCCAGACGCUCUCGGUUUGGCCAGCCGACACGCUCCUCCUCCAGAGCCAUGAUGCCCCUACGAAGGCUAGAUACCCUGAAAGAAGCACCGUCCGUUGAUGUUCUGGAUGAAGGCAGGGAUGAGAGUAGAAGGACGGGGCGUGGCAUGUCCAGAACAAACUCCUCCUACAGCGAUUCCCGUGUGCAUGCCCCUCGCCGUCACUUCAGCUCCUCCGCUGACAAUGAGAGCGGCUCAGCUGAUAACUUCAGAAACGUGCAUCAUGAAGCAGGAGAGGAGCAGCAGCAGCAGCCGCCUUCGUCUCCAUCUCCAGCCUGGGCUGCUGAACCCAGGGACAAUGUGACACGAAACCCUCUGCUCAGGCGGCCACAGUGGAACCCCAAGAUGUAAAAUGCGUUCCUGGGCUUUCAGCAGCAGCUGGACUGCCACACACGGAGUCUCAGGUUCUAAAGCAGCUCCAGGGCCUCUACAUAUAACUGUAUUCAUAUCACGUAAAGGACUAGUAGAUUACCAGUGGAGAUCCUUUCAUAGAAGAGCUUAACCACCCCUUCAAAAUGAGCCCAAAUGGACAGAGGUCAGAGGUCGCAGGCACAUCACAGCGCACGAUGAUGGAGGAACUGUGUAUGAACUGAGAGUCCAGGCUUCGUCUGUGUUUUUAUUUCAACAAGUCACAUAAAUGUGAUUUUAAUGAUUUUAUCUUCCU